CCCCCCCCCUUUGUCCCAAAUGAGGGACUGAUGCUGGCCAGGACCCUGCUGUCCCAGUUUUGUUUUGCAUCUACUCCUACGGGUGUACCUUGAGAGAAUAAGAAGACACCAGUCAAAAUGGAUGAUAUCUUCACCCAGUGCCGGGAAGGCAAUGCAGUGGCAGUUCGCUUAUGGUUGGACAACACAGAGAAUGACCUCAAUCAAGGAGAUGACCACGGCUUCAGCCCCCUCCACUGGGCAUGCAGGGAGGGCCGCUCCAAUGUGGUCGACAUGCUCAUCAUGAGAGGGGCUCGCAUUAACGUCCUGAACCGUGGAGACGACACGCCUUUGCACCUGGCCGCCAGCCACGGACAUCGCGACAUUGUGGGAAAGCUGAUACAGUGCAAAGCAGACACUAAUGCAGCCAAUGAACACGGGAACACACCACUGCAUUAUGCCUGCUUCUGGGGCCAAGACCAAGUGGCUGAGGACCUCGUGACUAAUGGGGCUCUGGUGAGCAUCUGUAACAAAUAUGGGGAAAUUCCCCUGGACAAAGCCAAACCUCACUUGCGUGAACUCCUCAGAGACAAAGCUGAGAAAAUGGGACAGAACUUGACUAAAAUUCCCUUCAAGGACACGUUCUGGAAAGGCACCACUAGAACUCGACCCCGGAAUGGCACUUUGAACAAACAUGCAGGCAUUGACUACAAACAGCUCGCUCUCUUGGCUAAAUUAAAUGAGAACCAGUCUGGAGAGCUGUGGCAAGGGCGCUGGCAAGGAAAUGAAAUUGUUGUGAAGGUGCUAAAAAUUCGUGACUGGACCACAAGGAAAAGCAGAGACUUUAACGAGGAAUAUCCAAAACUCAGGAUAUUUUCCCACCCAAAUGUUCUACCCAUGUUGGGAGCAUGUCAGUCUCCUCCCGCCCCUCACCCCAUCAUCAUCACACACUGGAUGCCUUAUGGCUCCCUCUACAACGUGCUGCAUGAAGGCACCAACUUUGUGGUGGACCAGACACAGGCGGUGAAGUUUGCUCUGGACAUUGCUUGUGGAAUGGCCUUCUUACACACACUUGAACCCAUGAUCCCUCGCCACUAUCUCAACAGCAAGAGUGUUAUGAUAGAUGAAGACAUGACAGCCAGGAUCAGCAUGGCAGACGUCAAGUUCUCUUUCCAGUGUCCUGGCAGGAUGUACUCGCCUGCAUGGGUAGCACCCGAGGCCCUGCAGAAGAAGCCAGAAGAGAUCAACCGACGGUCAGCAGACAUGUGGAGCUUUGCUAUCCUGCUGUGGGAGUUGGUGACCAGAGAGGUGCCGUAUGCUGACCUGUCCAACAUGGAAAUUGGCAUGAAGGUUUCCUUGGAGGGUUUGAGGCCCACUAUCCCUCCUGGCAUUUCACCCCACAUUUGCAAGCUCAUGAAGAUAUGCAUGAAUGAAGACCCAGCAAAGAGACCUAAAUUUGACAUGAUUGUGCCAAUUCUGGAAAAAAUGCAAGACAAGUGAAAAACCUCCUCUGCCCUCCUGUACUGAACCGUUGAAUUACCAGAAAUCGUACCCCAAAUAUCUCUGAUAUGGUGGUGUGGUGCUUACCAGUAUUGCCUUAAACUUUAUUCUACCGCUGCAUUCAACGCCACUGUAGCUUCUGCUUCUGAGAUGAACUCAACAGCAGUCACUUCUUUUUACAUUGUUUUUUUGGGGGGGGUUUACGUGUUUUGUUUUUUUUUAGUGUCUUCAUCUUUGUCACUGAUCCGCUGAUGCUGUCUCUGCAGGAGCAUAAUAAUAACUGUUCAUCUUCUAAACUGUAAUCACUUGGACUGAAUACAAUCUUUCUGGCUGAAUAGCCUGUGGAAGUCAGCAUAACAGUCUGCUGCAUUGCUUCAGUGAAUUUACUUAUUAUGUAUCAGGAGUCAGCUCACUAUUAAAAUAAAAAAGUCACCCUAUAAGGAAACUGCUCCUCUUUAAAGGUGGCUGUUAAUAAAACAAUUAACAUAUUAACACAACGCUUGUCUUGUGGGGGAAAGUUUGUUUGUUGUAUUGUCAAACUGUAUGCAGCUAGGCAAGCAUGACAAAUGUCUGAAACCAAGCAAGAUUAGGAAACUGUAUAUGAGUGAAUGGUGACCAUGACAGUACUUUGCAAUGUUGUACCAUUCAGCACAGCUGUGUAGUGAUGUGUAGAGCUUGACCUUUCUUGAGCAUUGGCCCCGGAUGAUCUGUGAUUUGUAUUCUAUUGUCCUCUAAAAAAAAAUGGCCACAAAACCUUUUUCCUGCAACAAAAAUGUCUGUUGAUCAUUGCAAUUUUUGGGACAUUAUUUUCAAAAUGCACUGCAAGAUUGCUAAUUUUCUCUUGUUAAUUGCAAUAAUGUAGUGUAAUUAACUAGAUUACUCAGAUGUAUUACUGUAAUCUAGUUUAUUCUCAUUAUUUCUGUUUCAAGAUUUCUAAAAAUGGUUUGCACUUCACUCAAGCGUUAUUUUCAUGUUUAAUGCUGACAAUCUAUGUGAUCCAACAUGUAAUACCUUGUUUUCCUUGUAGUGUCAGGACUGAAUACUUGCAACCCAGACUGUAAUUUAUUCAUGGAUAUCAUAGGUACAGUCAUUAUUAGUUGUUUUAUUGUCGAGCAUGGGGACUGCCUUUCCUCCAGAUUUUAUGGCUACAUCAGAAGCAGCUGCCAACAGAAGUUGCCUGGUACCUUAACAGCAACUGCCAUACUGAUUAUAUUUCUAUUAUUUUUCUUUAGAUGACUUCUGACUUUACAUCAAUUUCAUGGGUUGUUUCUUCUGCAUGCAUUGCUUCUGUGUCUCCACCAGCUUGCUUGUUUUUGCUGAAUCACAGGUUGAAACCAAAAUCAAGAAUGACUUAUACAAAUGUAUGUAUUUAUAUAUAAGUAUAUUAAAAAGGAAAAAUAUUG